AUCGUUUCGAGUCUCUUUCUCUAUAUAUAUUCAUUGGAGGGUUCUGUAAAAAAAUGGCAUCUUCUAGAUUCCAAUCUGGGUUUUGUCCUAUCUCUUCGUGUCCUUCUCUUGGGAAUUUCGUCGAAAGGAUUAAAGACGCAUGUCGUUUCACAGUCUCCGCUGUUCUAGGGACAAUUCUCUCGGCGAUCUUGACUUUCUUAUUCGCAUUAGUGGGCACAUUGCUUGGAGCACUUACUGGAGCUUUGAUAGGUCAAGAAACCGAAAGUGGGUUUAUCCGAGGAGCAGCAGUUGGAGCCAUUUCAGGAGCUGUUUUCUCUAUCGAAGUUUUCGAAUCAUCUCUUGUUCUCUGGAAAUCUAAUGAGUCACGUUUUGGAUGUCUCCUCUACUUGAUUGAUGUCAUUGUUAGUCUUAUAAGUGGUAGACUUGUGCGGGAACGAAUAGGUCCAGCGAUGCUAAGCGCGGUUCAAAGUCAGAUGGGAGCUGUGGAUACAACUUUCGAAGAGCUCUCGAGUAUUUUCGAUACCGGUGGUUCAAAGGGGUUAACAGGAGAUUUGGUUGAUAAAAUACCUAAGAUCAAAAUCACUGGCAAGAACAGCUUGGAUGCUUCUGGCAACAAAGACUCGUGUUCUGUUUGUCUUCAGGAUUUUCAACUUGGUGAAACGGUGAGAAGCUUGCCACAUUGUCAUCACAUGUUUCACUUGCCUUGCAUAGACAAUUGGCUCUUCAGGCACGGAUCUUGUCCAAUGUGUAGACGGGAUCUGUAAUCUUCUUUCUUACCAUUUUGCACAGUCUCUCCCUCUCUCUUCUUCUUCUUCUUGUAUGGUGUCGUAAUCAUGUGGUUAGUCUCUAUAUGUACAAAGAAAUGGAAACAAAAAAAAAAGUUUUGAAUUAAGUUGAUCUUAACCAAACACAUUAAAUUCAGACUUUAGAU